AUGAUGGAAAACCCUUACGAGUCCCUUACCUUUGGAAACUCUCUCUCCUUGAGAGUGGAUGGUGCCAUUGGCACUAUGUCCCUAUCACCUAAUGGAAGAGACGCAGUGUUGGCAGGGCGUAAGGGACUCUUCAUUAUUGAUCUAGAUGAUCCUUUCAAAGCACCUCGAUGGCUCCAUCAUAUUACAUCGUGGGAGGUCGCUGAUGUGCAGUGGUCUCCUCAUCAUGCGCUGAAGCCAUCGUGGUGUAUAUCCACGUCGAAUCAGAAAGCUCUUUUGUGGGAUUUGGCUCGGCCGUCGAGUAAUGCAAUUGCCCACGUUCUUCAUCGCCACACAAGAGCAAUUACUGACAUAAAUUUUCACCUGUCAGAUCCUGAAAUCCUCGCUACAUGUUCUAUUGAUACGUUUGUGUAUAGCUGGGACAUGCGCUCUCCCAGAAGACCAGUCGGCAAGUGGGCUGAAUGGAGAGCUGGCGCUACGCAAGUCAAGUGGAGUCAGAGUAAUCCAUAUCAAUUAGCUUCAAGCCAUGAUCAUAGUUUCUUUGUUUGGGAUACGAGAAAUGGAGCUCUUCCGAUCUUGAAAGUCGAGAGUGCUCACAGGGGAAAGAUCAAUGGACUUGACUAUAGCAACGCAGAUGACAAGCUUACAACAUGCUCCAACGAUGAAAGUGUUAAGAUAUGGGAUAUAAGUCGGCCUAGCAAUACGACUAUCCGCCCUUCGGUUGUGAUGAAAGCCAAUUUCCCGAUUGCAAGAGCUCGAAGCUUGCCUUUUGGCAAGGAUAGCUGUUGCGGCAUCAUGCCCUUACGAGAGGGUGGAAAUGCCGUGCACAUCGUUAAUUACCAGGGUGCAUUGGAGAGGCAUGCCUCUACAGGCGAGACAGUCAACCUUGACGUAGUGGCUGACUAUUCAUUUCGAGGGCACCAAGGUCCUAUUAAGGACUUUUUAUGGAGAACUUUGAGAUCAAACUAUCUUGGCUUUGAGAACAAGCAUCCUUGGGAAAAGUACCAGCUUGUAAGCUGGUCUUCCCAAGAUUACGACCUUAAGUUAUGGCCACAUGACGACCAAAUCUAUGAAAUCGCGAAUUAUAAUCCUCAGCAUCAAAAGCUCUUCAGUUCCUUACUCAGAAGUGCAGGUGGGUCAGACUCUGAAGAGCAUGGGGCAAUGAGUCGCGCAGAUUCACCUGAUAUUGAGUUGGACGAGGAGCCAUUGUCCAAGAGAUCAAAUUUUUAUGGAUACAAUACGUAUUGUACUGAACCCGCUCUUGGAAUGAAGGAAUACUCACGAGUGCAUAAUGGUGACUUGCUAUCCUCAACUGCUUACUUUCAAAUAUUGCACUCUCAGGAUAAUUUACGAGGAUCUAACCAACUUAAUCAUCUCGAUUGGAUCUCCGGUGUUCGCAUGGGGAACCCUGGCGCUGGUCGUCAAGGCGCUCAUGCACCAACAGGGCCAUCGAAUUUGGGUGAAGAGGUAAGUAUUGUGGGUCACAAGUUUCCGAAGCUAAGAUUCGAAAAAAUCUCGGUCUCGACGGGCCAUUUAGUCAUGACAUUAAAAGGACCGCUACCAAAAGUUGAGAAAAACGAGGGUAACGAAAACCUCGAGACACCAGAAGAGGGCAGUGCAACUGAUGAGAAUAGGACCAACGUUACUAUUCCUAAAACUAGACCAAGUGUACAAAACUCAAACAGCUCUAAUACUCAACAACAACUAAGCUUUCAAACCACUAGCUCGUCUCAAGUCUUGCGACCAGGCAUUUCAGAUGGGCCAUUGCCACCUCCAAACACUGUCGCCAACAACGACGUGAUAAGUGCGUCCAAACAAAUUCAAUCGGAGAGUUCAGAUGCCCCAAGUGACACCAAAGGAGAUAACGAGCAAAAUCUUGCUUUCAUAAGGCUAGAAAUUCGUUUUCCUCUGAAUUAUCCUGCUCUUGAAGAUACAAACCCCAAAUCAGGCAAGUCCAAAUCACUUUCAAAAUACAAAAACAAUAGGAUACGAUUCGACAUCGAGGAGACACACGAAAUUACGAGCAAGAUAAAAACCAUAAUGAUUAAUGGCUUGAAUGAAAUCGCCAACUUUUAUUCGAACAAGUUCUCGAGAUUCUGCCUCGAGCCAUGUCUUAGGUACUUGAUGGGAGACAAAAUUACUUUAGAUGAAACAGACAUGAUCAGAGAAGCCAAUGAGAUAAAGGAGGCCAUAUUGGAUAACAAUUCCGAGCUCAUUGAGGUGGGAAGUGAAGGUUGGGCAGAUGACUUGGUAAAUCAGCAUAUUGCCGCUAGCACGCCUUCUUCAGAUUUCGCUUUAGAUGAUGAGGAGGAUGAAGAUGCGGAUAUCAUCCCGACAAUAGACGAUCGAAUCCUGACUGAUAAUAGGGCGAGUGAUGAUGGCGCCGACGUCACAAUGCUAGAAUAUUCAUCUGAGAUGACGAAUGAAAGGGUAAAGCAUGACACUACUCCUCUUCCUAAAGGCUGCGGCGCAGUUUGGUCUACACAUGGUCACUUAGUCUGUUUUUUCAUGAGAAAAGAGAAUGAAGAUGGAUAUAAAAGGCAGCCAGAAUUCAACAAAGUGCACACUGAUAAUGAUGCCUCUUCCGAAAGAUUAAUUAUACGAAACGAAUCAAUUCCUGUUGACUCAUUCGCUAGAGAUUUAUCUUGUGAGGUAAGCUCAGAGAGCCUGCUGAAUGAUGAGACAUCUCUGCAAACAUCCCUAUCGUCGGAUGAGAGUUUCAAUAAUGAUUGGGAUGACCUUCUUGAAAAUGAUAUCCCCUCAAGAACUCGUAUAAAAGGUAUUUUCAAGGGCUCUAUGAGAGUUGGCGGAAGAAUCGACCCCCUGAGCGAACAGAGGUCUGACACGAACUUUACCCAUAGCGCUGGUGGAACUGUAUCCAACUACAAGUCCUCGACAUUCGGGGAUCAUUCCACAAAAGGAAAGAAAGAGAAAUCAAUUGUCAGGAAUUUCAGGAACAUUGUUACAAUCCUCGAUUUUUCUGAGCUCAUCUCCGACAAGUAUGAGCUCGCUGCUUCUUAUAAAGUGAUGGGUGACUCAGCGGAAAAAUUGGCUAAGCAUAAUAGUGAUGUUGCCCAGUAUUACGGCUUUCCUGAAAUUAGUGAUGUUUGGAAAUUGUUAGCAAUGAUGCUCAUGAGUAAGACUUCCACCGAGGAUAGCUAUGCUGAAAACCUUCACACACAUAUUGAUUCUUUAAAUGGUACAUUCUGUUGGGGAAACCAUCCUUAUGGUAACAAUUGGCUCAUAAGAAAAAUAUUUGAAUAUUUUGAACAUCACAACAACCUUCAGAUGUUAGCAAUGAUGUCAUGUGUGUUGCACGAGAGAUCAACUGAAAAGGAUGAAGAAUCAGACGACUGCCCUAGGAUACCAAUAAAAAUGAAAUCUGCAUCAUCUACUCAGUUAUUGCUCAAAAGUGGAUUAUCUAAUUCGCAGUAUCAACCCCUUGAAGACAAUUUCUCUUCAAGUUUUCAGGAGCUUCUGAAAAAGCCUACAAAGAAUAAAGCUGAACUGGGUAGUUUCAGAGACGAAUAUAGCGAUUUGUUCGAUCAGAUUGGCGACAAAAGCGUCCCUAGACACCUUUUACGUAAUGCCUCAGAAAAAAGAAAGAUUUCCAACACUCAGACAGCUUCAGCAACAUCUGAUUGCACCCUAAUUCCUGAUCAAAACAUCUACAAAAGGGGCAAAUUUCCUGACAGCCCUUAUAGAUUUGCCGUUCGUAAUCAAGGGGCCUCCAUCAAGAGCUUCACAAAUAGGAGGGGACCACUACUGCUAUGUGGUAAUCAUUCUAAAGAGAGGCUUCGCCCGCCUCCCUCAGUCUCCAUUGUAAUGCACAAUGCCGAAUGUCUUGACAUAUUCAGCGAUAGGUUUACAUCUCCUUUAUUAAGCACCAUGGACGAUAAUGUACUUCACCACUACAGGGAGAGUUAUGCUGAUAUGCUUCAUGGAUGGAGCUUACUAUACAACAGAGCUGAGGUUCUUAAAUUUAAUCAUUUUUCAAAGAUGCAAGUUCCCGAAAAAAGCACAUUCGAAGAAUUUUAUUGUGCUUUUGGCUUGAGGUUUAGAAAAGCAUACAGUCUUUCCCAGCUGCUACUAUCGCCUUUAACGCCUGUCCGCUCAGCCAGAAACAAUGCUUGGAACACCAAAAAGCGAAACCUGCUUCAAACUUGCAGCUUGUGUGCAAUGCUAGUCAACAAGCGUGCCAUUGUGUGUCCAAAUUGCGAGCAUAUAUUACAUUCAGCUUGCGCUCUCAUUUGGUGGUCUGGAGAACAACUCGAUGAUAUGGAGUGUCCGACAGGUUGUGGUUGUCGAUGUUUACAUCACAAUCUUUGA